UGCAAUAACAAAGGAUUGAACACUAUGAGCUCUAAUCGUGGUUCCGGUAGUCGCAAUCUUAGAAGAAACGCGUUGGAGUUCGGGAGGACUUUUGUGGUGAUGCCCAAAGGAACUCACCAAGCAACUAUUGUUUGGUUGCAUGGCAUUGGCGAAAAGGGUUCAAGUUGGACUCAAAUCUUGGAAACUCUGCCACUUCCCAAUAUCAAAUGGAUCUGCCCGAGUGCACCAACUCGUCAAGUAACUCUAUUUGGUGGAUACCCUUGCACUGCUUGGUUUAAUAUGGAAAGCAUGUCGGAAGAUGCGUGUGAUGAUUUGGAGGGCUUAGAUGCUUCUGCAACACAUGUUGCAAAUCUCUUGAUUAGUGAGCCUGAUGAUGUUAAACUAGGGGUUGCAGGCUUCAGUAUGGGUGCAGCUGUCGCUCUCUACUCUGCAACAUGUCGAGCUCUUGGACAAUAUGGGAAUGGAAACCGAUACCCCAUCAACCUUAGUGUUGCUGUGGCUCUUAGUGGCUGGCUCCCAUGUUCCAGGAACUUAAGGAACAGAGUGGGAGUAUCACAAGAAGCUUUAAGGCGCGCAUCAUCACUACCUAUUUUGCUUUGUCAUGGAAAAGUUGAUGAUGUGGUAGAGUACAAACUUGGAGAGAAAUCAGCACAAACCAUGUAUUCUGCUGGAUUUCAGAGCGUAACAUUUCGAACAUAUAAUGGGCUUGGUCAUUACACAAUCAUGGAAGAGAUCAAUGACGUUUGCAGUUGGCUCAUUGCAUGCUUAGGGGCGUGA